CUUGAGCUCAAGUGAUGUUGUAACUCUAUUUUAAGUAUCCGAGAGUAACGUGUGGUAACUCAGUAUGCCACGCUGUCGUAAAGAAAAAAAGAUUCCUUACAGGACUGAUGAUAUGGUACAAAACGUUAGAAGUUCUUUUAUUAGAGAAGGAGAAAAUAACUUGCGCAAUUACUCGGAACCUGUUGAUGAUCGCAUGAAACAGGUGUUUUACAGAGGUGUGCCAGAAAAUGUUAUGAAAGAACAAAUACAUGGACAACGUUUCUAUAGAGGACAGCCAACUGAGGGUCAAAACAUGAAUAAUUAUAUGGAUGCGUAUGAUCGUAUGAAACCGUCAAAUAUGUACAACGACAUGUCAAAUAAAGCAAGGUCGUAUUCAAAAUGGAAUGAUUAUGAUCGCUCGCGUCCGAUCGAUUCGUACAGUAGAAAUAUUCGAGACGGAUUUGAGCCACGAAACGCCUCUCCAUACGCAAAGAAUUUAAUGGGUGAUUUACCAACAACAAGAACUAUUCGAGACGGAUUCGAACCACGAAACGCCUCUCCAUACUCAAGGAAUUUAAUGGGUGAUUUACCAGUACCUAGAAGCACUCAUACUACACAUGAACCGCGCCGCUUAUCACCAUAUGCCAGUCGUUCAAAUAAUUUAAUGGGAGAUUUGCCGGACGUUCAACACACUCGGGAAACUUAUGAACCUCACUAUAUUCCUGUGAAAUUAAAUCGUUCAAAUAAUUUAAUGAAUAAUGCGUCAGAACCUAGAACUAUUCGAGACGGAUUCGAACCACGAAACGCCUCUCCAUACUCAAGGAAUUUAAUGGGUGAUUUACCAGUACCUAGUUCUGUUUCUAGUAAUGGGAACACAUAUUCGUACUCUAUUCCACAACGUCCUAAUUUGAAAAUAGUUCGCGAAGAGGAUACAUUUAACAGAUAUAUGGAUUAGAAUAAAACAUGACAUUCAUUUCAUCACUUUGACAAAUACACUGGAAAUAACAGUGAUUUGAAACAAAUAAUACAGUAGUAUCAUAAAAUUAUGGAUAAACUAUAUAUGAGUGUAGACAAAUUAUUUUUUAAGAAUAUUUAAUAUUUUUUAGUUAUAUGUAAAAUAAGAUUUUAAUUUAAUCAUUUAUUUGUAUUUUGUUUUAAAUAUAGAAAAAUAUUUAAUAUCA